AUGUUUGCCCCCUUCCCUCGGACCAAGCGACAACGGUCUCCCUCCCCUCCUCUUCCUGACGAGUAUGUCGACCUCGCAUCUCCCCUUGAUAUCCUCAUCAAGCGUCGGCGGCGGGAAGCGGUGUUCAACACGGACGGAUACCCCUUUCCCGACUCCCACCCUCAGCCUCAGCCAUAUGGUCAGCCAUCCGCUGCAUCGUGCGCUCUGGACCCGUCUGCGCAGGCGGAGAGCUCGACCGCUUGGCUUGCCCGUCCCGCGGUGAAUGGCCGGCGAAGCAGGCAAUGGCAGCACCUCAAUGCCCCGCCGCCUUCCGCCGUGUCUGGCGGGUCAGCAGCGGAGCAAGCGCUCCCGAGUGCCUCCCAGCCCGCGCCGUCAAAUCAUAAAGGGUACGGCGCAUCACCCCACUCAAUCGAGUACGGGCGCGCCCAUUCUCAGCCAGACCUCCCCUUCCACCGCCACUUCAUGUCGAGCUCGCCUAUUCGUCAUCAGCCACCCGGGUCGAGUCCGUUCCGCUCGUCGGCGGAAGCAAGGGUGGCGGGGGUGGCUGCGGAAGAUGCGGAUCCGAGGAAUGAGGCGGACUGGGGCGAAGAUGAGCUGGGAAGAGAGUGGGGCGAGUACGCAAGGGAGAACUCAGUACUACACAGCUUGCAUCGAGCUCGAGCCAACACCUUUGUCACUCCUCCCAAUCCACAUAACUACUCUACCAUGACACCCGCCCGACCACAGACGCAAUAUCCACAACAGACACCCCUGAAUCCUCAAUACCAGCCCACACCCUAUCGCGAUCAUCCACCUUCCUCGGGGUCUACGCAAUACCCCAUGUCGUCCCCCUUUCCUGAAGACGGACAGAUGACUCCGCAGGAGGAGGAAACAAGGAGGCGGUAUGAGGAUGCGAAUAGGCUAUUGGCGGAGCUGGCUGUUGCGCGGAGACAGAGAUGGGGCGAUGAUGGAUGA